CCUCUCAGCACGGCUAACUUUAAAAGCUGGUCUUUGAAAACAGAAUGUGACGUGGCUAAUCCAGGCGGACAAAAAGAGGCAGAAAAGCAGAGUCUUUGCACUUUUUACUGGAAAACUUGAAGACGUUUUAGGUGAUCAAUCUGAAGUACAAACCAGGUAUCAAAGGACCGUGCUUGUCGUUUAUUCCGGGAGGUAAAGUGCUAGCAUACUGAGGUAACAUCCACUGCUAGCAUCAGGACUUUGACAGUUGAGCAAAGGCAUGUUCGGAGACAUUUGCUAAGAUGUCAGACAGCGAAGCUCCUCGUACAGCAGCCGAAGGCUCGGAGGCUCCAGACGAUCAGGAUGCUUCUCCUCCUGAAACGCCUGAGAGCUCCUCAGCGACCACACCGGACACCUCGACCGACGUGGCGCCGACGAGGAAAGCCAGGAGGAGACCCGAAACCAAACCUGUAGCCGAAGUUCAAGAGGAGAAGCCGAAAGUGGAGGAGCAGCCGGCAAAGACUCCCGCUGAGUCGACGGUGUCUCAGGGCGGUUGGGGAUAUUGGGGCAGUUGGGGCAAAUCCAUCUUGUCCACAGCAACAGCUACCGUGGCCACAGUGGGCCAAGGACUCACUCAGGUGAUGGAGAAGGCAGAGACGUCUCUGGGAAUCCCGAGUCCGACCGAACUGUCGGCUCAGGUGGAGGAGGAAGAGAAAGAGCAGAAUUCUUCUUCUGGAGGUGAAGGCGGCAUUGAGGCGGACAAAGUGGAGCUGGAUGGGUCGUCUGCGGUGGGAAGCGCGAUGGGAAUGUUGUCGUCGCUCACCAGCGUCGUCCAGAGCACAGGUAAGACGGUGAUAACAGGCGGUCUGGAUGCUCUGGAGUUCAUCGGAAAGAAGACGAUGGACGUGAUCGCAGAAGGAGAUCCCGGCUUUAAGAAGACCAAAGGACUGAUGAACAGGAACGCCACUCUGUCUCAGGUGUUGAGGGAGGCGAAGGAGCGAGAGGAGCAGCAGACGGCGGAGAAAGACUCGACGGACUCGGAGAAGAAGGUGGUCGCUCACUAUGGAAUGCUGUUUGAUGAGUUUCAGGGGCUGUCGCACCUCGAGGCUCUGGAGAUUCUGUCUCGAGAGAGCGAAGCAAAGGUGAAGUCGGUGCUGAGCACUGUGUCUGGAGACGAGCUGGUUCAGCUCAGAGAGGAGCUCGACCACAUCAAGGACUCUUUCUCCCUGGUGGAGUUUGACGACGAGGAAGUUGACGAGAAGAAAGAUGAGGACGGUUCAGAGUUUGAGAAGGAGUUAACAGAAGCCAUGGAGGGUCUCAGCGUCUCAUCAGACAAACUCAGCAAGGCCUGUAAAAACGCCUGCAGCCGGAUCACUGAAAUGAAUAAACCAGAGCCAAAAGACGAGGAGGACGAGAAGAAACAGCUCUCUGUAGAGGAGGUUCACGCUGCAGCUAUCAGGAGUUUGGCCGAGCUUACGGCGCGAUCCAUCGAAGUUUUCCACAAACUGGCCGAGAUGAUCCUGUUCUCCAACAGCGACACGGAGGCCAGCGUCCUGUCUCAGUUAACGGUUAUCCUGUGUAAAGAACUGUCACUGCUUUCCAAGAAGUUCACCUCCUGUUUGACCACAGCAGGGUCGAACGAGAAGGGAGACGUCCUGAACCCGCUGAUAACCGGAGUCUUUCUGGAGGCGUCCAACAGUGCGUCUUACAUCCAGGACGCCUUCCAGCUCCUCAUGCCCAUCCUGGAGAUUUCUCACAUCCAGAGGAGAUCCGAAUCGUCCAAUCAGUGACGUGUGCUCGUCCUCAGAUCCACCGCAGAGCACCGACUGUCUGUAAAACUGUCUUUAAAAACAACUAAAUCACCUGCGUCAGACUCUUCAGGUGGAAUCAGCGUGACGCCUGGGAGGAAACGCAUCAGUGUUAAAUUUUGCUGGUUUGUUUGUAAAACUGAAGGCCUGGUGUUAUAUUAAUGGUACAGAACUUACUCUAAAAGUGCACCACUUUUUUUUUUGGACAGCAUUCAUGUGCUUUACUUCAAACUUUCAGCAAGUCUUACGAGGUUUAUGGUAAUUUGUUUAAUAACAGCUCAAGAAAGCAUAUAGAAAGCCAUAAUAACAAGAUAUUCUGUCUUUACUGCCUAUAUUUUUGCUUUUCUGUGCAGAUCUUUCUUAAACUCCAUCAUUUGUCCUCAAACUUUUCAUCUUUUGCAGCCACCAAGCUACAAUCAUCUGAGAACAAUGGGUCCUAAAUAACUCCGAAAGCUUUGAAUUAUUUCUCAAAAUCUCCAAAACACAGAUUGUAGUUUAUUUGGUUUCUAUAAUCCUUAAAUUAUGGGUAGACUGGCUGUAAUUAGAGGAUAUUAUCGUACAUCUAGAGCCGACUGUGCCAUCUUUUUAAACUCGCCAUAUUUCUACAGAAGUAUCAGUUAAAAAUCUGACUUUUCUGUCACUUUUUGGAGCUCACCACAGUCAAAACACUUUGAGUUUUUAGAUUAGGAGCCAGAUUUAAUCCAAAAAGAAAACUUGACUUGAAGCAAAACUCAAGUUUUUCACCUGUUAAAAUCCUGGGUCUUCCCUCUGUCAUCACACUGCUUGAAUAUUUAACAUUUGGACCGAUUAAUUCAGCAAAAUCAGCGUUUCAUGAGUAAUAUUAAGAGUUCUAAAUGUUCAAAUGAUGCUGCAGUGUCAGAAGCAGACUUGUAGUUUGUUAGUAUCGGGCCUAAUGACUCAUAUUUUCACUUCAUAAAUCAAUUACUUAAUAGAUACUUCUUGUAUAACCUCAACAGUCUGCCCUGCUAAAGCUAAAUUUCCCCCGUCUGCUUCUUUAUUCAUGUCUAUCCCCUAAAAAAAGCUGCUCCAUUACAAGAAAUCCUCAUUUUCAGCCUCAAACCUUCUGCUUCAUUUUCUUUCUCUUUUUCUAACCUUCAUCCUUCGUAAUCCCUUCGUGUAAAUGACAGAACUCACGUCUCCUCUGCUGAGGAACACAAACAUUUAGGUUGUAAAUUUCAGUGUUUUUAAGCCUCUUCUGAAUGUCAUCUACUCUAGCUUCAGGUGUUUAUCUGAAGAAGAAGCUUCUCUCUGCCAUGAAGACAGUGAAAAACGCUACCAGCUGUGUGUUGGAGUGACAUAUAUACAAAUAUAGUGUACUGUGUGUCUGCUAUCUCAGAUGGUUUUCAAAUAAAUGUGUUUUCUUAGA